AUGUUUGCACCAAUGGUUAAUCCAUAUGACCCUGGAUCAACUGGAACAGUUGGUUUCAAGGAUUCAGAAGGAAUUGAAGUCAAUUCAAGGGGUAAAACUGGAAAUUCAUCAUUGGGUUUUGUAAAAGAUGAGAAUCCAGCUAGAGCUGCAGCAAAAGCAUCAUCAAUGGAAACGGAUUUCUUUGCUUUUUCAAAAUCAAUAUUCAGUUGCUGUAUUUCUUCAGAAGUUGGUAAUGGAAGAGAUCCUUCUCAAAUGGAAGGAAAAUCAGGGUUUCCUCUUAAUUUCUCAAGGUUAUUGGAUAAAGCCAAGUAUAACUACGGAGGUGGUGAUGGUGAUAGUAUAGUGCCGGUUCAGUCUGGAGAGACCAAGAAGCACCACCACGGUUUACAGCACCAGAAGCUUGAUCAAAUAGCAAUGGAAUAUGAGACCUCAAACGGUGGCUAUGGCUGCACUUAUGUCCAAAUUCCGGCACCCAUAGACAGAAAGGCGAGAGUCCUCAGGUACAUGGAGAAGAAAAAGAGAAGAAAAUUUGUGAAAACAACAAGGUACGAGUCCAGGAAAGCAUAUGCUGAAAUAAGGCCCAGGAUCAAAGGCCGUUUUGCUAAAAGAACUAAUGUUGGUGUUAAGGUGGAGCAAAUUUUCUCCACGACUCUAACGACAGAAGGUGGACACUGCAUUGUCCCGUCAUUUACAAUAUGA